AUGUCCAGACAGAGGCUCGCGGCGGCGCUGGUCGCCGGCCUGGGACUCGCCAGCGCCGCCGUGUACUCGACGCGCAAGAGCGGGCAUGAAAUCGACAAGGUGCGACGGAGGCGCGCGGCCCAGGAGGCCCACGAGGGCAUCACCUCUGCCAGGGUUGCCGGCAACGAGACGGACUGGACGACGCCUCACCAGGCGGCGCCCUCGAGGCCCGACAGGAACCCCCGGCAGCACGGCGUCGACACGCCAGACGGCCCUGACGGCGCGAGGAACGGCAACAAGGGACAGCAAAAGCCCACCGUCAAAGGUGAGACCCUUUGGCAGCAGGGCAUCUGA